UCCACAGGCUCCACUUCCGACCCUGAAGCUGGGCCGCUCCUGUGAUGUCAGGCAAGGGGAAUUUGUGGUGGCAAUGGGCAGUCCAUUUUCACUGCAGAAUACAAUCACCUCGGGUAUUGUAAGCUCUGUUCAUCGAGGCAGCCGGGAGCUGGGCCUAUCUAGUAGAGACAUGGACUACAUACAGACAGACGCAACCAUUGAUGUAAGCGAUACGUUAAAAAUGUAGGGGCUACCAAUGGUGACACGGUAGUAAUGAUGACGGAGCGUGUGGCAGUGUUUUCAUGGUGGGUAGUAAUGGUGACUGUGCGUGGUGACUGUGCGUGUGGCAGUGUUUACAUGUUGGGUAGUAAUGGUGAAGGAGCGUGUGGCAGUGUUUUCAUGUUUGGUAGUAGUGGUGACUGAGCGUGUGGCAGUGUUUACAUGUUUGGUAGUAAUGGUGAUGGUGCGUGUGGCAGUGUUUUCAUGGUGGGUAGUAAUGGUGACUGUGCGUGUGGCAGUGUUUUCAUGGUGGGUAGUAAUGGUGACGGUGCGUGUGGCUGUGAUGUAUGGGCGAUUAGGCUGUGUAUGAGUGUAUGUAUUGUGAUGUAUGGGCAGUUGGGCUGUUGUUGGCUGUGAAUAAUGCACUUCCUUUCUUUUGGUUCUUUACUUCCUGUUCCUGUUGGCAGUUGGUGGUAUGUUCGAGGGAUUUGAAACCCUGUGUAACAAGGCUGCAAUAUGAAGAUCCUGUUAUAUAUGUAUUAAUAAAGUACUUUGUUAUACAGGAAUUAUUGGCUGAUUUGUACAAAACAUCACAAUGGCGACGAGGCUGUAGAACCCUAACUGACAUGGCACCCAUUGGCACUAUAAAGGACUUUGAUCCUGACUCGGAUUUAUGGGCCUCUCGGGUUGAAAGGCUUGAACAAUAUUUCACAGCUAAUGAUAUUCCUGACAAUAAACAGGUCUGUUUUCCUAACAGUUAUAGGAGCCAGAACGUAUGAUACACUAAGGAGCCUCUUACACCCAGAGAAACCUGCCAGCAAGCCAUUGGCAAGCCUGAUUACUCUGUUAACUAGCCAUUUCCAACCACAACCACUAGAGAUAGCAGAGAGAUUUAAAUUCUAUAAAAGAAGACAAGAGCCUGGUGAAUCAGUUUCAGCAUAUGCCAUUGCCUUAUGGAAACUCGCCAGCACCUGCUGUUUUGGGGACUACCUGCCCAAUGCUCUGCGAGACCAGUUUGUGAUGGGCAUUGCAAGUGAUGCAGUGCUAAGGAGACUGCUUAGAGAAGAAGAUUUACCAUUUAAAAAAGCUGCUACACAUGUUGCAACUACAUGCAGAUUCAAGGAUUCCAUGUGUCAUGCUUGUGGUAAAAUGGGCCACCUACAAAGAGUGUGUAAAUCCACAGCAGAGAGAGGCAGUAAUUGCUUGAGAGACACAGCAAAGAAUGCCCAUAGAGUACAAAUGCAGGAGGAGUCUGAGGAUUCGGAUGAACAAUUUCCUGUCCGAAAUUUAAAAAUAUAUAAAAUAGGUUCUAAUCUGGCUGCAUUCACAGUUCAGGUUGUUGUAAAUGGAAAGGAACGGACUAUGGAUUUGGACACAGCUGCAGCUGUAUCAGUGAUUUCUUUUACAGACUGGAAACGACUGGCGGCCACCCAGAGGACAAAGAACACAUUACACUGAUUGCCUAUUACCCGCUUGCAACAAUGUUGCAAAUGGGUAAUUGGAGGCACACUUAUUCCCUGGAGGUCUGGCUGUUCGGUAGUUUCACUCAAUAUAAUGAUUGGAGUGAUUCUACCGAAAAAUCAGCUGCAUACACAUAUACAAUUUAGCUGAACACACAGAAGCAUACAUAAUAUAUCCUUACUGUAAUCUGCUACCAAGUCUUAAAGGGGUAUUGUUCCUAAAAGUCAUAAUAUGUCCCCGGAUGGCCCUUAAAGGGCCAGUAGCAGCAAUAUACAAUAUCACAUGCCCAAAUAUUGCAUUAAAAGUACAAAUCUACCAGGGGCCAUAGUCAGCAGGUAGGAGGCGGGCAGCCAGGCCUCUCCAAUGUCCAGUGGCGAGGCGUGUUCCGCCACAGGUAUCCUUUCACUGGAUAAACAAUAUAUCGUUAUAAUCCCAUGUCUCUGUACCUGUGUAGGUGCCUGGCUGGCUCUUAAAGGGACGGUAAUAGCAGAUGUUCCCAGGCAUAGGGUAGUGUUUUGCUACAUGGAUCCCCUUUUGUGGAACACUCCGUCAGACCCGGCUUGAUCCUUUUUGGGUCAACUUGAGGCUGUCCGGCCGGCUGUUAGGGCAGAAGUUCGGUUUGCCUGGACAGUCCAUCUGCGUUCCCGUUGAACUUGCCAGGAUGGAAAAAUUGUAUGGUUGCAGAGCUAGGCUCCAUCUUAGUAAGCGGUCAUUAUCUCCAGCCACUCUAUUCAACCAUACCAGGGGAUUAUGAUCAGUGAUAAGUGUGAAUUCCUGACCAUACAAAUACGGUGUAAGUUUCUUUAAAGCCCAGACCAGGGCUAAACACUCCUUCUCCACUGCCGCGUAGCUCACUUCCCUGGGUAACAAUUUUCUACUCAGGUACGCGACAGGGUGUUCUCCUCCAUCUUCCCCGAUUUGGCUUAGAACUGCCCCCAGUCCGUACAUGGACGCAUCUGUAUGGACGACAAAUCUUUUAGGGACGGGGGCAGAUAAAACAGGCGCCUUGAUCAAGGCCUUCUUUAAAGCUUUGAAUGCUGUUUCGCAGGAGGGAGACCACAGAGUUCAGGUUCUUUUUAGUUAGGUCUGUCAUGGGCUUAGCGAUGGCGCUAUAGUCAGGGAUGAAUUUCCUGUAGUACCCGGCCGUCCCUAAGAAAGCCAGUACCUGAGUCUUGGUGUGGGGUGUGGGGUGUGGGCCAGUUGGCCACGGCCUCGACCUUAGCCGGCUCUGGUCGCUGUUUCCCACACCCUACCCAGUGUCCCAAGUACUGGACUUCGGCCAUACCAAAGUGACACUUUUUUUUCUGGCUUCAGAGUUAGGCCUGCGGCCCGAAUCUGGUCCAGUACGGCCUCUACAUGUUUCAAGUGUUCCCCCCAGGUUUCGUUAUAGAUCGCAAUGUCAUCCAGGUAUGCACAGGCGAGGUCCUGGAAGCCAUAAAGGAGCCUAUCCACCAAGCGUUGAAAUGUGGCUGGGGCAUUCUUCAUCCCGAAUGGCAUGACCUUGAAUUGGUACAGGCCAAACAGGGUGACGAACGCUGACUUGGGAAUAGCCUCCUUGGCCAGGGGUGUGGCAAAACUAGCCACUGGAGACUAUUAAUGUAUAAGUAUGUUUGUAUUCUUGCUAAAGCCGUAGAGAUCAGUGCAGGAUUCUAUUUGUAUUUCAGGCGAAUGAGGGCAUUCGUAUGCUGGCGGUAUGAAAACCCCAGCAUUCAUACUGUAGUUUCACGAACAGUGAGUUUAAACUCUAUUCGUGAAACUAAUAACUUACCGAAUGCAGGACCACACACAGGGGGUCGUGUGGCGCCCAUUAACCGAUUGCAACAUUGUUGCAAUCGGUAAUUAAUUGUGUGCCUAGGUGGCCGUCGUUCGACUACCGACCACGCGGCGGUCGGCCAUCUUGGUUCCUUUGUUAGCCCAGCGGGGUUUUGUCGUCGAGCGCCUGGAACCAAAAUCGGCUACUCGACGACGCGAACCCCGCUGGACUUCCAGGCUGUUCUGGAGGUUGUUCCCCUGAUGUCAAUCGGUAUUUUGAGCAGAACUUGAAUGUCAUGUGUGUUUCGUGCGGCGUUCGGUUAGUUAGGCUGGGAUCUGAGCGGUAUUCUCACGAACUAUGCAUUCAGACCCCAGCUAUCUACCGAACGUCCAUUCGUUUAAAUGAAGGGAAUAUUAUGGGAGAUAUGUAUUUUAAUGUAAAAUGUCAGUUCUGCUGCAUACAUGGGGAAUCCCAUAAAUACCGUGAGCUGAAAAUAAAACCUCAGUUGACCUCCAAGCUACGUGUCGUCUAGUUCUUGGGAGGAAGGGAUUGUAACUACGCUACCUGGAUUGUACCUGCUUUGUGCCUGCUUGAUUCUGUCUACCAGCGGAGAUACCGUGGAUAAUACUACUACUCCGCUACAAGGGGGAUCUGCCAGCACCCCUUGCACAAAUCAAUAGUGGUCAAAUAUCGUCCCCUGGCAAUGCGAUCUAAUAGUUCAUCCACUCGGGGUAUUGGGUACGCAUCCGUCACUGUACGGUCAUUGAGGCGUCUAUAGUCCACACAGAACCGGGUGGUUCCGUCCUUUUUGGGCACUAGGACAACUGGCGAGGCCCAGGGACUAUCUGAUGGCUCUAUGACUCCUAGCCUCAGCAUCUCCUGGAUCUCUUUUCUCAUUUCCUCCUUCACUGCCUCAGGGAUUCGGUAGGGGUUCUGUCUAAGAGGGUUUUGUCCUGGAGUCUCUACGUAGUGGAUCGCUAGCGUGGUGUACCCUGGUUCUUGGGAGAACGUUCUCUUUUCGGUUAACAACUGUCUGAUCUGCCCCUUUUCUGCUGGAUUUAAGUGCUCCGCUAGUUGGACAGUACUGAGCAAACUAUUAGGGUCUGUGCGUGCUAGUAGGGUCUGGGAUAGGUAGGCUGUCGGGGUCCUCUGUAGCAGGAAUACAUAUGGCUGCAAUAUUCUCUGGCCUCUCUUGAUAUUCCUUUAAAAGAUUAACAUGGAAGGAUUUCUGAAUCCUUUCAUCCUUGUUACUGGCAAUCACAUAGGCAGUGUCACAGACUUGCGCAACCACCUUGUAAGGAACCCUGCCAGGAGGUCUGGAGCUUAUUCCCUUUAACUGGCCUAAGCACCAGGACCUUCUGUCCCACCUGGAAAGAUCUUUGUCGGCCCUCCCAAUCAUACCAUCGUUUCUGUCGAUCCUGGGCUAGAUGGAGAUGGUCUCCAUCCCGCAUCUCCAAAACAUAUGGCACAAUGUUCCAUCUCUCCUUCCCAGUGCUCUCGGAUGAGGUCGGAUGAGGUCCGCAGUAACUGUUUUAGGGUACCAUUAAAGCGUUUACAGAGAGCGUUAGUCUGGGGGUGUUAAGGUGAGCUGAGAAGGGUUUUAAUACCGCAGACCUUCCAUAACUGUUGGGUUAAGUCUGCGGUAAACUGAGUCCCUCUGUCAGACAGUAUUUCUUGUGGGAAUCCCACUCUGGUGAAUAUCCCGACAAAAGCACUGGCGACAGUGUCAGCCUGGAUAUUAGAGCGACAGCUUCCGGAUUGCGAGUAGCAUAGUCCACCACGGUAAGAAUGUAUUUCUUACCGGAUGGACUGGGGUUAGGUAGGGGUCCCACCAGAUCGACUGCCACCCUGGUAAACGGCUCUUCGAUCACGGGCAUGGGCCCUAGGGUGAUCCCCUCUCUUCCCUACUCGUUGGCAGACGUCACAAGUGCUGCAGUAGCGCCGCACAUCCUUCGAGAUCCACGACCAAAAGGAGGUCUGGGUGAUCCUGUAAGUUGUGCGGUUACCACCCAAAUGUCCUCCUAAGGGAAUAUCAUGGCCAAUUCGGAGAAGUUCCAACCGGUACUUUCUGGGUACCACUAGUUGGUGUUUCUGCGAAGGGACACAGCCUCUCUUCCUAUUUUCGGUUAAUCUGUACAACCUGUCGUUAUCCCAUACAAAACAUUCCUGCUCAUCCCCCCCACUGUCGGCUAUUUCACGGUACUUUUGGAGGGUUGGGUCCUCUCUGGUUCCCCUCCCAAACUCUUCUUGGGUAUCCCAAGCUAGCGGUCUCUCUAAUGGAUUGGGUCUAAGGGUCGGUUCUUUGCUUACCUGGGUCUCCCGUCCUGGUAUAGGGUCAUCUGUAGCACGGGUCUGUGAAUGAGUGGUCACUGGACAAGCAGCAGCGGUUGUGGGUAAGUAGGCCGAAGCCAGAGUGCCAAUAUCGUUGCCCAACACGACUUCGGCAGGCAGGUUGUCCAUGAUGCCCACAGUGGUUUUCCCAGACAUGACCCCCCAGUACAGAUGCACCCGGGCCGUAGGUAGGCGAAACACAGCUCCUCCCGCUACACGUACUGCAACGGUGCGAUUAGAAAAAUGUUCUGGCUUGACUAAAUGUCUUUGCAUUAGGGUGAUGGUAGACAUUUAAACAAUAUAUCGUUAUAAUCCCAUGUCUCUGUACCUGUGUAGGUGCCUGCCUGGCUCUUAAAGGGCCGGCAAUAGCAGAUGUUCCCAGGCAUAGGGUAGUGUUUUGGGAAAUACUUAAUUUUGUACGCAAGGGUUGGCCACUAAAGACUCCAAUACAUCUCAUGUCAUUCCAAACAAGAGCUCAGGAGUUAUCAAUUCGAGAUGGCUGUUUAGUCUUGGGAGAAAGGGUGGUUAUUCCUUUUGUGUUACAACAACAGAUUCUUGAAAUUUUACAUGCAGGUCAUCCUGAAUGAAAGCAGAAGUCAAGAGGUCAUGUAUGGUGGACAACCAUUGAUGAGGACAUUGCCUGUUAUGUUUCAGGUUGCACUGGUUGUGCACAAGCACAGCGUGACUUGCCACAUGGUGCCGUACAACCUUGGACCUGGCCUCUAUCACCAUGGCAGAGAAUUCACAUAGACUUUGCUGGACCAGUGGAAAAUAAAAUGUAUCUGAUUGUGGUAGACGCACCUUCUAAAUGGUCAGAAGUUCUAUUCAUGUUGCAGACCACUGCAGAAGCUACUGUUAAAGCAUUACAGAAACUAUUUGCAACAUUUGGCUUGCCCAGAGUGCUUGUUUCAGAUAAUGGACCGCAGUUUGUUUCUGGACAAUUUCAGGCUUUUUUUGAAGGAAAACGGUAUUUGGCAUCAUCUUACGGAACCGUAUUAUCCUGCUACUAAUGGUCAAGCAGAACGUUUUGUUCAAACGUUAAAGGGUUUUCUGAGAAGUCUGAAAGCAGAAGGAAAGAGACCUGAACAUCGUUUGUCAGAGUUCCUUCUACAGUAUCGAAAUACACCUUAUCCAACCACUGGACAACCUCCAGCAUGCCUUAUGUUAGGCCGUGAACUCAGGACAAAGUUGGAUCUGCUAAAACCAGAGAUUCAACAAAGGGUCAUCCAGCAACAAUCGAAGAUGCAAGUCAGAAAAUCAGGCCGUUGUUACCAGACAGGGGAUUCUGUCUGUAUAUCAGGAGAAUCGUUGGAAAGAAGCAGUGAUAAAGGAAGUUCUGGGGACAGCACACUAUAAAGUUUUAACCUCUGAUGGAUGUUACACACAGAGACAUACAAAUCAACUUCGACCACGUAUAACAGACAACCUAUCAAAGUGGGUAGGGCCACUCAUGCAACCAGACACUGAUAUCUUGCAUGGAGUUUGGCAUGAUGACAUUUCUGAAGUCUACAAUACAUCCUGGUACAUAGACUCAGGACGUAAUAGGGGAUGAUUUGGAGGAAAUACCCCAUGAAACUCAGGAACAAGAACUGCCAAGCCACAGUUCAAGUAACCAGCUGUGGUCAUGAAAAUACUGGCCAUUCAACAAAAGAGAGAAGGGCCACAAACCGCUGGCAACCAGAAGAUCCAUUAAGGGACUAUAGUCGCAGAAACUCCUCAAUGAGAAAGCGGAAAUGGUAUCCUAGUAGGAGUAGAAUAAGCUGUCCUGAAAAAAAGAUUGUAGAUCUUGAAGAUGGACAGAUUGAUGCAGAUUAAGGACACAUUUUUAAAUAGUUCUUUUACUAUUGUUGACUUUUUACUAUUUUGUUUUGUUUCUUUCUUUGGUUGAGAAAGGAAGGAGAUGUGAUGUAUGGGUGGUUGGGCUGUGUAUGAGUGUGUGAAUGUAUGAGUGUAUGUAUUGUGAUGUAUGGGCAUUGGGCAGUUGGGCUGUUGUUGGCUGUGAAUGAUGCACUUCCUUUCUUUUGGUUCUUUACUUCCUGUUCCUGUUGGCAGUUGGUGGUAUGUUCGAGGGAUUUGAAACCCUGUGUAACAAGGCUGCAAUAUGAAGAUCCUGUUAUAUAUGUAUUAAUAAAGUACUUUGUUAUACAGGAAUUAUUGGCUGAUUUGUACAAAACAUCACAGUGGCAGUGUUUUCAUGUUGAGUAGUAAUGGUGACGGAGCGUGUGGCAGGGUUUUCAUGGUGGGUAGUAAUGGUGACGGUGCGUGUGACUGAUGUAUGGGCAGUUGGGCUGUGUAUGAGUGUAUGUAUUGUGAUGUAUGGGCAGUUGGGCAGUUGUUGGCUGUGAAUGAUGCACUUCCUUUCUUUUGGUUCUUUACUUCCUGUUCCUGUUGGCAGUUGGUGGUAUGUUCGAGGGAUUUGAAACGCUGUGUAACAAGGCUGCAAUAUGAAGAUCCUGUUAUAUAUGUAUUAUUAAAGUGAGUACUUCGUUAUACAGGAAUUAUUGGCUAAUUUGUACAAAACAUCACAAUGGCAGUGUUUUCAUAUUGGGUAGUAAUGGUGACAGAAUGUGUGGCAGUGUUUUCAUGUUGAGUAGUAAUGGUGACGGAGCGUGUGGCAGUGUUUUCAUGGUGGGUAGUAAUGGUGACGGAGCAUGUGGCAGUGUUUUCAUGGUGGGUAUUAAUGGUGACGGUGCUUGUGGCAGUGUUUUUUCAUGUUUGGUUGUUAUGGUUCACAUGGCAAUGCUGACUUUACGUUGCAGUUUUUAGGUAUCUGGUAGUAAUGGCGAUGUUUUGAGAUAUAUUUCUGUGCAUGGUGCGUGACUGUAUGGCAUGUUCUGUGCGCGGUGCGUGACUGUAUAUGGCAUGUUCUGUGCGGGACUGUAUAUGGCAUGUUCUGUGCGGGACUGUAUAUGGCAUGUUCUGUGCUGGACUGUAUAUGGCAUGUUCUGUGCGGGACUGUACAUGUUUUGUGCGGGACUGUAUAUGGUAUGUUCUGUGCGCAGUGUAUGACUGUAUAUGGCAUGUUCUGUGUGCCGUGCGUGACUAUAUGGUAUGUUCUGUGUGUGAUUGUAUAUGACAUGUUCUGUGCUGGGUGUGUGAUUGUAUAUGACAUGUUCUGUGCUGGGUGCGUGAUUGUAUAUGACAUGUUCUGUGCUGGGUGCGUGACUGUAUAUGGUAUGUUCUGUGCGCGGUGCGUGACUGUAUAUGGUAUGUUCUGUGCGCGGUGCGUGACUGUAUAUGGUAUGUUCUGUGCGCGGUGCGUGACUGUAUAUGGUAUGUUCUGUGCGCGGUGCGUGACUGUAUAUGGCAUGUUCUGUGCGCGGUGUGUGACUGUAUAUGGUAUGCGCGGUGUGUGACUGUAUAUGGCAUGUUCUGUGCGCGGUGUGUGACUGUAUAUGGCAUGUUCUGUGCGCGGUGUGUGACUGUAUAUGACAUGUUCUGUGCGCGGUGUGUGACUGUAUAUGACAUGUUCUGUGCGCGGUGUGUGACUGUAUAUGGCAUGUUCUGUGCGCACUGUAUAUGGCAUGUUCUGUGCGCGGUGUGACUGUAUAUGGUAUGUUCUGUGCACGGUGUGUGUCUCUGACCUGUAAUUUGACACUGGCCUGUGUAUGUGUCGAGGCUUAUUGUCUUUAAUCACUUGUGUUUUAUUUCAGUUUGGGAACUCAGGAGGUCCUCUCGUCAAUCUGGUGAGUUAAGACAUGUCCCUGUGAAAUAGUAAUGUGGGGGCUUCAAGCCUAAUCUUUCAUUGGAUCUUUGUUUCCAAGACACUGUAGUCUGACUCGCUGUAGACUGGGCUCACAAGUAGUGGUUUUGAGUUUCAGACCUGGAAGUUGUCCUCUGAUAUUGCUGCUCCACUAGCUCUUCCAUAGUUAUAGAUUGCUUCACACUGCCCCCUCCUGUAAUAAUAUAGUGUGACAUCAUUCUUUAUACUUCCCACCCUGUAAUAAUAGUGUGACAUCAUUCUUUAUACUGCCCAUCCUGUAAUAUUAUAGUGUGACAUCAUUCUUUAUACUGUCCAUCCUGUAAUAAUAGUGUGACAUCAUUCUUGUGAAGAAAUUCCCCUAUUUUGCUUUAAAAUGACAAUUUGUAUUCCCUUCUUUCAUGUUAGCCUUCCCUAUGGCAUUCGGUAGGUAAAACUACCGAAUCGAGACCACCCCGCUGCCCAUUAUGAAUACUUUACCUCCCUGCUUGCUGGGCAUGUUCGACAAAAGUUCUGCACGAACGGUAUGCACCGCCGCCAUUUCAGGUCUUCCACGUGUUCACAGCCAUUUUAGCUCCCGAACAGCGGUGUUUGCCGUUGAGUAUCUGGAACUGAAAACGGACACUCAAAUAGGCGAACACCGCUGAAUCCUCCAUACCUUCGGUAAAACCCCAUUAAAGCUACCGAAUGACCGGGCAUUCGGUAGAAAGACUCACUGACAGAUGGGGAGUCAAGCGAACCAUGGAUGGUAGCUGGAUGGCCGGCCGUUCGGGAGGUUUUCCAUGCGACCUAAGACCGACUGCAGGGCCAGAAUUUGUGGAACUGUUUUCGGCUACUUUGCCCGUGCAGUCGGUCAAAACUUCUAAGUCCCAUAUCUCCCGAACGGCUGAACCGAAUGGACUGAUUUUUACAUAUGUUGGUCCCCCAGAGUACUGGGGAUACCAAAUUUAUGUCUGUACCCCAAGUCCUUGACUUUGGUGAAAUUAUGUUAUGUUUUAAUUAUGUUAAAUGGUCAUCUGAGCGGAGGAGAUGUACAGUAUGUAUAUUGUUAUGAUUGGUUGUACAGUUAAUUAUAUGGGAGGCUCCCUUGCAUGGGCAGAAUCCCAUAAAAAGAGAAUGCCUGUCAAUAAAUCCUUAGUUCAUCUUUGUACCCUUCUUCUGACUACGUAUGCUGUUUGGGAGUUCGUGUGUGUUACUGAGGGAAUUAUCCAGGGACACUAUUGGAAUUACACGGGGAUCCGUCUACCAUAACUACCGAACAGAGGGCCAUGUUCACUGGGCUCUGGCGGUUCGGGAGGAAACUACUGAUUGAGGUUUAAAUGUACUUGGUUUCCUUACAAUUCUUUAUACUGCCCCCUCCUGUAAUAAUAUAGUAUGACAUCAUUCUUUAUACUGCCCUCUCCUGUAAUAAUAUAGUGACAUCAUUCUUUAUACUGCCCAUCCUGUAAUAAUAGUGUGACAUCAUUCUUUAUACUGCCCAUCCUGUAAUAAGUGUGACAUCAUUCUGUGCUAUAAUCUCUAUACUUCCACCUACUGUAAUAAUAUAGUGUGACAUCAUUCUUUAUACUGCCCAUCCUGUAAUAAUAGUGUGACAUCAUUCUGUGCUAUAAUCUCUAUACUUCCACCUACUGUAAUAAUAUAGUGUGACAUCAUUAUGUGCUAUAAUCUUUAUACUUCCACCUACUGUAAUAAUAUAGUGUGACAUCAUUCUAUGCUAUUAUAUUUAUACUGCCCCCUACUGUAAUAAGUGAUAUCAUUCUGUGCUAUUAUCUGUAUACUGCCAACUAGUGUUCAUAUUAAAAGAUAAAUAUGUGUGUGCCGGCUACCAUUGGAACACACAGAAUUUAUUGCUCAGUGUGUGCCGGUGACCAUGGGUAUGACCAAGCUUGAUAAAAAUUCACUGCUCAUAUUUUCCGUGGGGUAACUCACUGAUGCCUUUUUAGCAAAAUUAACAUUCUCUAUUCUGUUUCAGGAUGGCGAAGUUAUUGGGAUCAAUACCAUGAAGGUUACACCUGGAAUCUCGUUUGCUAUCCCGUCUGACAGAGUGCAAGAUUUCUUACAGAAAUACAAGAGUCAGAGUUAAGAGACUUUUGUUAUUGUGGUGUGAGAGAGGACUCUGGUUGUGUAGUUGGAGACAGAGAGUGGUCUGGUGGGGUGGCGAUGGGGUAGGGGUCCAGUGUGGAGGGGGGGAUUAUGGGUCUUGUGUGGAGAGUAUCGGAUAUGGGCUAGUGUGGGAAACUCAGUCUGUUCCAUUGAUUAUCUGGGGUGUUAAGGGUCUAGUUUGAUGGUUGCAGAGAGAGUUUGGUACAAUGGGCUUGCUGAGAGAUUUGGGACUGCUACUACGGGCAGUGUUGAGGGGAGAGGUCAGGACACAAUUUUACCUCUGUCAUCUCUUUCUCUCCCUUAGGCUCCUGGCUUAACUCCUCCCACAGGAAACGUCAGUACAUUGGGGUGAUAAUGGUGACCCUGUCUCCGAGGUAGGGGUUGGAGAAUCUGUGUUUUUAGGGUAUAUUAUUGCUGCCUUGACCAGCUUUGUCGAGGCAUCCAGAGGGUUCAUGUCUGUUCCCACAAUGAAUAAAAGAAAGUGCUGGACCAGGUCUUAUUCACAAAACCUUAUGGGUCUUCUCCUCUUCUCCGCAUUAAAGCAGACAGACUGGAACAAGCAAUUCUCAGAAAAGUCACAGUUUUUAUUGCCAUUCUUAGGGAUGAAAAUGCAGUGAAGAAAUAGCAAAAAUUAACAUAGCAGUACAGUUUGUAAGAAGUAGGUAGCAAAAUAGUCUAUGCGUUUCAUACAAAUGACUUUGUCAAGACUGUCGUACACUCAGCCAAAGUUUGUCUUCCAUGACAUUGACACCCACAUCGUAAUAUGUACUCUAGCUGUGUAAUGACUUCACAAGCCUUCGAUUUGCAGUUUGUUUGAUACUGCCUCUGUCUUGAUAGUGAGAAAAAUAGGGCUGCGCCAAUUUCUAUGACAAAAUAUAAUGAGCAGUAAAAAUCACAACACCUAAAAUAAGUAAAUACAAAUAUCACCAAAAAAAAAAGUCCAAUAAAAAGGUUCUUACUCAGAUUAAAUAUAGAAUAAGGUGCUUAACCCCUUGAGGACCAAACUUCUGGAAUAAAAGGGAAUCAUGACAUGUCACACGUCAUGUGUCCUUAAGGGGUUAUAUCCUCAGUGUCUUUUUCUGCAUGAAUCCAAUCAUAUGAAAGACAAAAACCAAAUAAAAAGAACCAAUAGUGCAAUAUGAACGGUCCAUUAUGUAUAUAGAUAGAAUAAAUGGGAAUAAACUCACAUUUAGUAGAGCUAUAGCUAGCUCUAGUGUGAAGGGAGUACAGCGGUAUAAUCCCCGCUUAUGGGAUAUGUUGUGGGUUUCUUCCGUCCGUGGUAUGGUCCACACUCAGGAAAGAGGGUAAAAAGAGACAACUAAUAGUGCUCACUGAAUAAAAACAACAGUAUAUAUAAUAACUAAAAUAGUACUCACAAGCAAAGAGCAGGCUAACUGCUCCUUGGUAACAGCGCUGGUGGUAUCCCAUUCUAUGCUUGCUGCCCAUCUGUAAAUUAGCACUUACUCUCCUUUUUCUUUCUUUCUUUUCUGUCUCGAUAGCAUCCUGGCUGAGUUGAAAUUCCGAGAUCCUGGUUUUCCUGAUAUACAGCAGGGUGUCCUGAUCAUGAAAGUGAUUACUGGCUCCCCAGCAUAUCAGUGAGUAGCGAUGGGGAAAUGUUUACUGCGCCUGCCGCUCUGUGUUUCCUUUCUACCUGAACCUUCUGAUGUCACACUCGCGUUCCUCCCUCUGACUGGCACUUUCUGCCUCGCUUCCAGCCCUGCGGUCCCGCUCUCUGCCUCAUUUUCUACUGCGCUUCCCGUUCUCUGCCUCGCUUCCCGCCCUGCGCUUCCCGUUCUCUCCCUUGUUUUCUGCCCUGCGCUUCCUGCUCUCUGCCUCAUUUUCCACCCUCUGACUGCCAUACUCUGCUUCCUCCUGUCUUUAGUUUCAGCUCUUGUAGCAUCUGCAGUCUGUCUGCUUUUGUUCACACCUAACUUGCUACUCUUUCUUUGCCCCUUCCCUUCCUGCAGCUCCUACAAUUGGCCGCUUUGCAUUUGUUGGACACUGCACAUUCAGGGUCAUUGCACCAUGACCACUUCAAAACAUGAAAGUUAAAAUAGUGCUUUGAGUAACCCAUUUCAAAACUACUACUUACGUACUGGUUGUGGACUUCUAUUCAUGCUGUACAUUUCUUCUCACUCUAAAUCACUUUUCAGAUUUUUUUUUUUUUUCUUCAAGUCUACAAUUUGUAAUCCCAUCCCCUUAGCCACAGCCCUCUUUUCACAAAGCAACUUGUUUAUUAGAUAGUCUUGGAGUAUGUACUCCGCUUAGCCUAAGGGAAAUCAGUGUGAGCUCGAUUGCCUAAGCGAAUCCCUGUUCUUUGAUUAUCUGCUUCCUUUCCCUUAGUACUCCUUUGAUUUCUAAUACCAAUAACCCAAGGGCAGCGAUUGGCUGUGGGGGUGGAGCUCACCUCCCAAUCAGCAGAACAUUUUUUAAUUAUGGGGGUGGAAUUGAAAGUUGCAAAACACUUUUUAGUUUUUUUUAGUUUUCUUUAGUAAAUCGAGAACUAAAUGUGAAGAUAAAACAAAGCAUGGAUGUAAAGGCAUUGAAGUUAUGUUGAUGCCCAGAGAGUUCCUUUAACAGAUAUACAGUGACUAUACAAUGCAGAGCAUUCUUGUGUAUCUGUAGGUAAACGAUUGUUUGCUCUGGAAUACCUUAAGUUUGAGUUUACAUAUAAUGUUCUGAUUCAUUUUUAUUUCAUCCUUUACCUCUUUUUCAGGGCUGGACUGAAGCCUGGGGAUACGAUCCUGGAGAUUAAUGGCCAGAAAGCUGUAUCUUCUGCAAUCAUAUACGAUGCUGUUAACUCUCAGUCUAAACUCUCAAUGAUUGUAAGACGUCGGAAUGAGACGUUCAUGGUCAAUGUCAUUCCAGAGACGGUGGAGUGAGGAACAGUCAAUGUAUGUGUCCGAUCUUUGAAGGUGCACCAUGAAUUCUCUUCCUUGUGUCUUGAUUAUGGACUAAUGAAUGAGCAGCAAACUCCAGCUUUUGGUGCUGGUCUCUUUGAUGUGUUCACAAAGUAUGAUUCUGUGCUCUCUCCAGGUGCUAUUGGUCAUGGCAGUAACGUUAGAAGUCAUGCUCCUGUCUUCCCCUGGAGGGGAUGCUGGCUCUGGCACGAUUCUCUGGCCCUAAACAGACGUUUGUGGCCUCUGUGUCUGUUAUUGACUGGAGAAGGUCCUGAUAGGAGAGCAGUAAUUGAGCUCUCGGUCUUCUUCCUCUUCAUAUAUAUAUAUAUUAAAGGGUAAUUGUCUCAUUCUGGGCUUGGCUUGGCAGUCCAUCCUCUGUGGGCACUGGCCAGCUUAAUGAGAAGCUGACACAAACCAAGCAAGUAACAAGCGAUUGAUGUGAGAAAAAUAAAUCUCCAGUGAAUAGAAAGCGAUCAGAAAAGGACACAAAAGACCGAAUGUGACUGUGGUUGGCACUUCAAUACAUUCUGUGUUUUUAUUGUAUGCAUUUAUAGGAGAAAACAAUGCAUACAAUAUAGGUGUAUAUUUAGGAGUCUAGCCAGCUCCUUGGUUUUGCACCCCUCCCUGUCACAGGUGCCUCAUCUCGGGAAACUAUUUAGCCUUGUACUGCAGAGAACUCGAGAUGGAAGGAUUUCCCCAAGUGAGUCUGUCAUUUAGCAGACAUAGUCGAACCCGCCAAAGAUGGGGUACAUUGACGUUGUGGCAGGCUUAUGCAAUGUAUGAUCAUAUAAUGUAACUAAAGCCCCAUUAUUUUUUUCCUAGAUUAGAUGUUUUUAAUAAAACUGUCAAAAUUGGUCAGCACCAAAAUAGCUGUUUAGCAGAUAAGGGAGUGCGCUGGAUUUUAAUUUUUACUUUAUUGUAUGCAUUAACAUGUUUUAUUUUCAUUUGCAAAUUUUCAAGUGAGCGAUGGAGUUAACCAAGAGGGAUACGCAGGUUCCCCUUUGUCCUCCGUCCAAGCCAAUGUCAGUGAUAAUAAGCCAGUGACUAUAUUACUACUGCCCCCCACCCGUUCCCCUCAUGUAGAAUUAUGUUAACUUGUGUGCUUCCAAGGAUUGUGUGGCAUAGGUUCCAGUACGGUAUCAGGACCACGCACCUCUCCAAUGUGGUGAAAAUCCUCUAGAUUCUCCAGUGUGUAUACAGGACAUCUUGUGCAACCCUUCAGAAACAUAAACCACUUAAAGUUAACGAUUUACCAGGCCUGGAACAGGCACGAAGGCUCAUUCUGUACAUUGACGAGAAAAGUGCGUAAUGCUUAAAGAUGGCAGAAUCUGUAGAUUUCAUGCCGAGGUGCAAGUACAGCCUUGAUCUUAUUGCUUCCCAUUACUAUUAAAACCUUACCUGCUGGACAAAAAAUAUGGAGGAUGUAACUGAGCUCCUGUAGUCCGACUGAGUACCUCCGUCCAAUUUGCUUCCUAGCUGCUAUCAGGGAUCUUGGAGCACUUCAGACCCAAUCGCUGCAGCUUAUUAUUAUUGCCAUUUAUAUAGCGCCCACAGGUUUUGUAGUGCUUUACAAUAUUAUAAGAGUGGGGAUUUAACAAAAAAUUUGGACACGGUAACUCCCUAAAGUCUAAGUAUAGUUGGGACUGUUCUACUUCCAGUUACAUCAAGUCUGCAUUGUUAUAUUCAUAUUCCAGGGUUCUAUCAUUACCGACUGCGGAUGGUUAAUAUUAGACUGUAAAUAUUCAGUUGGAGAAUCUAAUUCUUUUUAAUCCACACCAGAACAUAUCGAUGUAUCCAAGACUCACCUGUGGAGUUAUUCAUUGAGUUAUUCAUUGAACAAGACUCCACAGGUAAAUCACGGAUGGAUCCAUUUGUCCGCUUGUGGAUUGUAAGGAAUUAGAUUAGUUCCAAAUUUUUAAGUCGAGUUUAUAUAUAACUGUAGGUUUUGUAAUUGUCCAUUGCCCUGAGGGAUUAGUGCAGGUUGCUUGCUAGGCUGGGAUACAGAAUGAUGGAUUAGUGCAAGUUGAUUGCUAGGCUGGGAUACAGAUUAGUACAUGUUUUAACCAGCCCUUUGCUGCAUGCCCAAACCUUGGCCUAACACUGCGCCUGGGGCCAAGCAAGGCAGGUUCAUUGAACUGUACAGAAACAUCAGUAUACCUGCCUGAAUUUCACUUUUAUUAAGUGAGGAAACCGUAUUUACAGCUUAAGAUAUUCAGCAGAUUGUCUGAUCAUGUCCUGUACCUUGUAUAUUAAAUGGACUGAAUCAGAAGAACAAAAAAAAGGGGUGUUAGACCGACCAAUCAGUGUGCUGAAAAAUACCUACAUAUUAUAUUACAUUGUAUAUAUUUACAAUACACUGAUCGUAAGCAGUAUUUACUCACCAUUUAGUUCACAAAUCAACCAGGAGGAACCGUAAAAGAAAAUAAUCUCUUUUUAGAUGAAAUAUAUAGAUUUAUUUUUUCCUGACCCUCCUUUUCCUGUGGUGUUGCUUACCUUUCAAUUGUGAAUAAAUUCUAGCUUUGCUCACUGUCCCCUUAGCCAUCAAUCCUCACUUGGCUCCGAUUCAUGACCCCAAACAUGUUCGAUAUCGCAUGUUUCGGUUUGUCAAUUAUUCAGGUACAUUGCCUUUCAAAAACAUAGUCCCAAAACAAAGUCUAAUAUUAACCCCACUGAACCUGAACAGUCUGUAAUGUCAUUAGUAGACAAUCUUUAAAAUAAACUAUACUUCUCAUUGAAUUCUAUGGUUUUACAUAGGGCAUAAUAACAAUCAUCUGUUCCCUGGCAGGUCUUAAAAUUCAGUAUACACAAACUCAGCUGAACAAAACAUGACAUUACAACGUGUCUUGAUUUAUUUAACAAAAAUAAAGCCAACAUGGAGUAACAAUGUGUGAAAGUACAUCCUUACUGCUUCUAUAGGAAUUAAGAGGCUAAGUAGCAGACAGGUGUAUAGAUACAAAAAAGGAUAUGCUUACUAUAUGAUACACUAGAAAAACACACCCUCAGAGAAGUGUACCUCACACACACACUAUAAAGAAUAAACACAAGGACGUAUAUAUAAAAACCCAAAGGUGAUAUAUACAGAUAGAGGGUGGUUAGGAACAAUACAACCUGGAUAUGGCUGAAAAUGAACGUGGAAUCUAUAAAAUAGCAAAAUACAAAAUAUAGUGAAGUCAGUUAGGCAAAAUUGGAUUUGCACGUGGUAGAAAACUUACAAGAAGGGAGUAGUAAUCACGCCUGUCACCCUGUCAGGAGUACUUUCCACAUUGGAGAUCGAAUAUAAAUGGCGAGGACUGACAAUAUCACUUUUUCUUCAGCUCAGGAACAAAAGAAAAAAUAUAGAUAGUGCAGAUUGUAUAAAAAUAACAUUUAUUCCAAAUAUUGCACUUACAAGAAAUCAGAAGUAAGACAGCAUAUCUCCAUAAUGAAGUAAUGGCCGGAUCUCCAGAUGAAAGUAGAGAGAGAUCCCAAAAUGGAGGUACACAAAAUUAAAAAAUAAAAUAAAUAAAAAUAACAAAUGGACUAUAAUAACAGCUGUAUAUUAGCAUAAAAAGUCCAAAAGUAGUGUCCAACGCGUUUCGUCACUAUGGUGACUUCCUCAGGGACUUCCUCUUUGGUUUAUUUUUAUAUACUAAUAAACCAAAGAAACAUUUUUUGGAAUCAUCAAAAACGCCAGGUUUCCAUAAAUGUGGAAAGUGUUCCACAUGUAUAAACUUAGACAAAAAGAUUGUCGAUUUCAAAGACAUACACCCAAAAAACAUAUCAAAUUAAAACAUUUUUACAUUGUACCACUACAUAUGCCAUCUAUCUGCUCCAAUGUGGAUGUGGGGCACAAUAUGUAGGUAGGACUACCCGUCAACUACAUAUUAGGUACAGAGAACAUUUCCUUAAUAUAAGAAACAAAACAAUUGAUCACAGUGUACCUAGACACUGUAACACAUGUAGUUCUUUUGAAUGGUCCACCUUUCGUGCCUUUGGAAUCGAUAGGAUAGAUGUACACUGGAGGGGAGGUAACAGAAUGCAAGAGCUAAUUAAAAAAGAAGCAGAAUGGAUAUACAAUUUAAGAACACUUAAAACCGGUUUAAACCAAGAUAUUGAUUUAACUGGUCUAAUUUAAUGAUGUACAAAUUAAUUCAAUAAUUAUCCUUCUUCCAAAAUUUCUUUUUCUCUUUUCUAUAUCCUGGUCUUAUUGAUAGUAGCUUGAAAUUUGUCUAUAUUUACCUAUAUAAGUUCCACAUCUGGAUAUAUUAUAUUAUAUGUAUUAUAUGGAUAUUAAUCCUUAUCUCUAUCUUAUAGAUGGAUGUUGAACUCAUUACACUUUAUAUUUGUAUAUUAUCUAAUUGUAUUUAUUUAAUUACUGUAUUUGAGAAUGCUAUAUUAUGCGAGAAAAAAAAUAAAAAUAAAUAUAUAUAUAUAUAUAUAUAUUUUGUAGGCUAUAUAUAUAUACUAUCUUUGAUAUAUGUUCAGUUAUUAAUAUUUGUACAUGCUGUUCCCAUUGUACAUUGGAUUGGGCUACAAUGAUAUUAUACAUUUGUUUUUCCAAAUUUGUACCCUUUUGGGGUUUCAUGUAUAUAACCAUGCAUUCUGAUAUCACAGAAUAUAUAUUGUACUAUUACUCCUUUUUUAUAAUGUCUUACAUGUCAUGUUUUAUAUAUGACAUGUAUUAAUUUGGUCCAUAUUAUAUAACAUCCAUUUAGUCCUUUAUAGUUAUUCUUUUUUAUCUUAUGCAAAUUUUUAAUGCUUUAUUAUUCUCAUGGCAUACAGACUUCUUUUUCUGUCCCAUAUUUGUAUAAUGGGAACUGAUUGUUGCCCCAGAGGGGAAGCCUUUUCUGCUGCACUUCUAUUAGUGCUAGCAGAAGAGGGCUCCCCUCGAUCGGAUUAGAUCCGAAACCGGAAGUGAUGUCAUGCGUUCCAAGGUGGAACGCAAGAAGCCCUCUUGAUUGGAUGAGACCAGAAACCGGAAGUGACGCCAUGCGUUCCAAGGUGGAACGCAGGAAGUCUAAGGGCCGAAAACCGGAAGUAACAUGUGAAUUUCCCCGCGAGUUUGAAAAUUGGCAUGAUAUAUAAACCAUGAAGAUUACAACACAUCUAUAUACCAUAGUGACGAAACGCGUUGAAAACUACUUUUGGACUUUUUAUGCUAAUAUACAGCUGUUAUUAUAGUCCAUUUGUUAUUUUUAUUUAUUUUAUUUUAUUUUUUUAAUUUUGUGUACCUCCAUUUUGGGAUCUCUCUCUACUUUCAUCUGGAGACCCGGCCAUUACUUCAUUAUGGAGAUAUGCUGUCUUACUUCUGAUUUCUUGUAAGUGCAAUAUUUGGAAUAAAUGUUAUUUUUAUACAAUCUGCACUAUCUAUAUUUUUUCUUUUGUUCCUGAGCUGAAGAAAAAGUGAUAUUGUCAGUCCUCGCCAUUUAUAUUCGAUCUCCAAUGUGGAAAGUACUCCUGACAGGGUGACAGGCGUGAUUACUACUCCCUUCUUGUAAGUUUUCUACCACGUGCAAAUCCAAUUUUGCCUAACUGACUUCACUAUAUUUUGUAUUUUGCUAUUUUAUAGAUUCCACGUUCAUUUUCAGCCAUAUCCAGGUUGUAUUGUUCUCAACCACCCUCUAUUUGUAUAUAUCACCUUUGGGUUUUUAUAUAUACGUCCUUGUGUUUAGCAGACAGGUGUAGCUAACCAAAUACCUUUGAUUAAUUAAUCAGCCAGUGUGACCACCUAUAAAAGCCAAUGUUUAGGCAGUUUGCUGGUGUGGUCAUUAAGGUGUGUGUUAACACAAUGCCAAGGAGGAAAGACCUCAGCAAUGUUCAUAGAGAAGCAAUUGGUGCUGCUCAUCGCACUGGGAAGGGUUAUAAUGCCAUUUCCAAACCUCUUUCUCACUGUAGAAUGAUGGACUUUAAAUUUAGUCAAAAGUAGAGUGGACAUCUAAGUAAAUUCACCCGAAGGUCAGACUGUGCAGCGCUCGGAAAAGUUGCAAAACCCAAGAGUUACAUCUCAGACUCUUACAGGCCUCAGCAUGUCAAAGGUUAUGACAGUAUAUUUUGAAAAAGACCGAGGAAGUAGGGUUUAUUUGGAAAAGUUGCCAGGAGAAAGCAUCUUCUCUGAAACAGAACAUGCCAGCCCGACUUACAUUUGCAAAGUUGCAUCUGAACAAACCACCAGACUUAUGGAACAAUGUCCUUUAGACCGAGGACCAAAGUGGAGAUGUUUGGCCAUAAUGCACAGUGCCAUGUUUGGCGAAAACCAAACAGCAUAUCAACACAAACUAAAAUACAAAAUAAGAGAAACUGCGCUAGAGGAACCAAUACUAAAAAGGGGCAUCAGAUAUCAACACAAAUACCAAUGGUCAAGUUCGGUGGUGGAGUGAUGAUGAUUUGGGCUUUUGCUUUGCACACCUGGGAACCUUGCAGUCAUUGAGUCAACCAUGAGCUCCUCUGUAUUCCAAAGUAUUUUAAUGCUAAGUGUGAAGCCAUCUGUCCGACAGCCCAAGCUUGGCCGAACUUCGGUCAUGCAACAGGGAAACCGCAAAAAAGAAAAGAAUCAAGGUUAUGGCAAUGGCAAAGUCUAGACCUUAACCUGAUUGAAAUGCUGUGGUGGGACCUUAAGAGAGCUGUGUAUAAAGAAAUGCCAGCAAACCUCAAUGAUCUAAAACAACGUUGUAAAGAAAAGUGGGCCAAAAGUCCUCCACAACAAGGUGAGAUUCUGAUAGUCAUACAGAAAACGAUUACUGCAAGUUAUUACUGCUAAAUGUUGUUCUAAAGCUAUUGAAUCAUAAGAUGUACUUCGUUGUUCUCAUAUGACUUAGCUUUAUUUUUGUUAAAUAAAUGAUGACACGGUGUAAUAUGUCAUGCAUAGUUGUCAAUCUGAGGUUGUAUUUACCCAAUUUUAAAACCCGCUAAGGAACAGAUGAUUCUUAUGUCCUGAUAUGUAAAACCAUAGAAUUUUAAAGAGGGUGUACUUUCAUUUUCCUGUGACUCUAUGUAAGCUACCUCUUGAUAUAUAGAUACUAAGCCAGCCUUGACUAUGAGCUCCAUUAAACAAGCAAGUGUGCAGUGAUUUUGUACCCAGUUUGACUCAAGGUUAGAAACCAGACAAUAGUUUACAGAUUUUAGACCAAUCAAGUUAUAGAGCAAAUAUUUACUUUUAUUGAGUGAUGUACAUGACUGCAGAUCAUGUGAAUGGCAACAUGGUAUAUUGACAAACCACUCCAAGAUGGGCCAGCAUUGCUGGAAUAUGGUGCACGUGUCUGGAAACUUGUUGGCACAUGUGAGUUUCUGUGUCAUGUCUGUUUCAUAAAUCACAGCAGCUUCCCAAACUGUGUAAGCACCAAUCAUUAAAGAUACAUGCGGGUACCUUCGGAACAACACAUAUGACAGCAAUUUAUUGAAAUGGACCUGUAUGUGCAGCCAUAUGGGCAUCACCAUAGUAACUCUUCAUAUCUACAUUUGAGUUGCUUUGUUUAAUAGUUUUUCUGUCCUUCUCUUGAAACGACAAACAAUGAAAGAGAGAGGGACAGGAAUUAUUAAACAACGGAAAGAAUAUCUACCAGUUCCAUAAGAUGUAAGUACACUGUCUUCUUGGGCUGAGAUCAAUAACAUAAUUUUUCCAUCAAAUUCCAGUCUGAGAAAAUGUGACUUCUGCUUGUCACCUUUAAUCAUCAGAUUUAUAUCAUGUUCUCUCCUGGUUUGCUCCCUCUAUAUGCCAGAAGUGUUCUUGAUAAACAUUCAGGCCUUAUUUUAGGAUUAUCCUCUGGUUUUGUUCUUAUUUGAGUGUUCCAUUGCUCAGCUCUAACUUGAGUGCUCAGCCCAACCUGCCACCUAGUCUGACUCUCCUUAUUCAAGCAGUCUGAAAAGGUCCUUGCGGUCCUCCUAAAUGACACUGCCGGGGUUGUCAGGAGUUAACUUCUCCCACUCUUUCCUUAGUCUGAUAUGAUAUGCCAAAUAUCUUGCCCACUGUGGCUGCAAAGCAGAGGAUUGGCAGUUUGUGCCAACUGACAAGCGAAGGCCAACACGUACUGUGGGCUGCUUCCAGGUGUGGUUCAACCAUGUGAAUGAUGACAAUGUCAAAACUGGGGCUAAGUGUCUGGUUAUAACUGCAACUCCUAUUAUUCCUGUUCCUCUAUUGUCACAAGAGAUCAAACAGCCCAUCCAGUAGAGAGGUAAUAUUUAGCAUAGAAACAUAGCACCGGCUGAAGAGUAUGCUGCUAACUCUGAAUUUGAUUCACUCAACCUGUUUAGGAAAUAGUCUCCAAAAAGUCACAGCUUAGGAGCUAUGGCCUACAUUUUGCAAUUUGAAUUAGAGGGUUAGAUGUCUAAUAGCAUUCAGUGGUACAACGCACACCCUUACUGUAGAGGUGCUCUUGUUAUGGUCACAUGGUAAGAGAAGCAGCCUGAGAAAGAUGUGCAGAUCACAUGUAUCAGUGGAGUAUAGCCACCUCUGAGAUACAUUAUGUUUGUAUGGAGAUAAGAGCAGGUAGUCACUAAGAGGACACAAGCAAUACCACUCUAUUGAAUAAGUCUGUUAGCAGCAAUUGGUGUAUAUACAGCUGUAAUACAUUCAGUCGGCAUGUAUGGAUACUCUGUAUGGCUAUAUACUUCAAUGCCUUUCCUUUUAAGGAUACAGGACAAAGAGGUCACCAACAUAAUCUUGUUAAAAUACAUGUGGUAAGUUUCUUUAAGUUAACACUGCGAUCUCCUUGUCCAAACUUGGUGUAUGAAAACCAGUUGUGUCAAAUUGAUAGCGUUAAAGAAAUAUCCAGCUGUCACUUGAAAAGGAUGAUGGACGUGAAGACAGAAUUAAAGCUGGUGCCAUGUUGAGGUGUGGACCGACUGUCACAGAGGGGAUUUUGGUGGAUAUGAAGCCAUUGAGGAAAAGAUUAGUUGUGACUUUGAUACAAUAUGAGGCUGCAUUUUUUUCAGGAAGAUCGAUGGUGGUUUGUUUGAGUUAGGUGGUGGCUUGUGUACUCGUAGCUUAGAAAUAAUUUUGAAAUUAGCUGAGCGAUAGUCUUAUCUAUAUAUAAGGUGUCUUUUUAGGAGGCGACCUGAGGUGUUUGGGUUUUUUUUACACUUCAUGGUUCAUACUGGCAGCAAUGGUUUGGAUUUAUUUGAGAAGGCACUAUGUUAAUAUUUUAAUAACCUAGAAGAUAAUGCUUAGAUACAACCUAUACAGGAACUUAUAUGAACCGAGUAUUAAAGUAUGGGGCCAUGUUCUAGGCCUAGCUAGGACUACACAGAGAGAUGGAAAUGCUAAACUCAGGAAUUUGGGAUACAUUUGGCCUAUUUCCUUUGUAUAGGACAGUACUGUUAAAUCUUGUAUUUUGUAGGUAAUUGGGAAGAAUGUAGGAUCUGGGUCAAAUAGGGAUGUCCAGGAUGUUAUAUGAUCUGGUUAUUGAGUUGGCCUCUGUAUUGCUCAAAUUGUUUAUUCGCUUCUUCACUAAAUGCAUCACCUGAAACAGAAUAACAGAUACGUUAAUCAAUACUAGCAAAUAUAUAAAACCUGUUCAAAUUAUAAAUCGAUCAGUAUCACACAUUAAAUGUCACACAAUAUAUCACACCCUGUAGUACUCUCAAUGUCACCAACCCAUCUACUAUCCUGCCAAUGUUGAACACACCUAUCCUCACUCUAUUAUCAUAACACAUUAUGUGCCCUUACCAAGAUGACAAUUGUGUAUCCAGAUUCGGUGUCCAUCAUAUUUACAGUUACAUUUCAUGGCAUUAUUGGUGAAAUCACUUUCAGCCACUUCAUAAUUUGGGUUAAUGACAACCUACGGUGAGAGAAGAAAAGGGAUGUGAGAGAGGAUAGCAAAGAGGUUGGAUACUAUAGGAAAGAAGCAGGCAUAAGAACCGAGUAGCCUGAUAUAAAAAUAAGUACGGAUAGCAGAGGAGGAACCCAUCAUGCUGCUGCAGGUUUAUGUAGGGGUUAGGUUACAUGGAGUUUUGGAUGUUGUCCACCAAUUUUAAGUUAAACUGUUUCAGUACAAUUAAAAAAAUAAAUUACAUCUCCUCAGGUGCUUUAUUAAUGCAGAAUUUACACUUUUACAAAAUCAAUGUUAGCUUUAUUUGUAAUUGGCUGGAAGACCUUGGAUUCUCUAAACCUAAAUUUUUGUUGCACUUGACCACAAAUGUUGCACUAGAUGAGCCAGACUAGAGAUAUGGGGCGUUGAAUGAAUCUAACCACUGAUACGGGGCGUUGGAUAAAUCUGACCACCGAUAUUGGGCGUUGGAUGAACCUGACCAUAGAUAUGUGGCUUUACAUUAACGGGACCAGGGAUGUGGCAGUGCAUGAACCUGGGAUGUUGGAUAAGCCUUACCACAGCAGGUAUGGGGCAUGGGAUGAACGGUGGAUGAAACUGACAGGAGAUGUGGCGAUGGAUGAACCUGACCAUAAAUAUAGGGUCUUGAAUGAACCUGAUUACGGCAGAUAUGGGGCAUUUAAUGAACAUGACCAGAGAUGUGGCACUGUAUGCCAAGGAUGAGGCUUUGGAUCAGCAGGACAUGAGGGUGUUGAUUUUCUUACCUGAAGAAUGUAAUUCCCAGGUUUAACAUCGGUGAUAUCAAUCCACUGGCAAUCAAUAUCAUGGCGGUAUAAAUCCCAGCAUCCCACUGUGAUCCCCUGCUCUCCGAAGUUGGCACAUUCAUAUCUUUUACUGACCACUGUAAAGACAGGGUGUGUGGAGGUUUGAGAAAAAGAAUAGAACUGAUGAAUAGUUGUUUAUAAAGAAAGAGCUCGCAAGAGUUCCCCUCCCUUUUAUUCUAGUCUCUCAUGUACUUUGCCUUAUAACACUGCAAUAAGUGGAGCAGUGUUCCCCAACCCAGUCUUCGUGGACCACCAACAGUCCAGGAUUUAUGUGUAUCCCUGUUUUAAUCCAAUGGAGGUACUGACAAAAUCUGAACUGUUGGUGGUCAAUGAGGACUGGGUUUGGGAACACUGAUACAGGGGACCAAAUACUUAUUUCACUCAUUGACAUGCAAAUUAAUUUAUAACUUUUUGAUAUAAAUCUAGAAUCAUAAAUUAACAGAAUUAAAGGACUCCUACCAGGUUGGGGGGAGGAGGUUCCAAUGUUUUUUUGUUUUGUUUUUUUAUAUGGUUUUGUGUGACUUUCUAUUGAGAGGAUAUAAAGGGUGCAAAUUUUAAAAAUGUAUGUCUUACAGGGUUACUCCCUAAACACUGUAUAUUGUCCAAGUGGAUCAAAUCUGGUUAAAGUGACUGUAAUAUGACAAUUUGACAUUGGCAAUUUUAGGCGCUAGCAGCCAACAGGCAAAAAAAAACAAGGAUUAAAAUGUGGUGACUUGCCAGCCACUACAUUACAAAAGUAAAAAAUAAAAUAAGUAGAAUUCCUCUGGGGAUCAGUGAGACUCACAUAUUGCUUUCUAAACAUUAAACACUAGUGAUUGGACAGCCAUUGCUGUCCAGUCGCUCGAAUUGGCCCCAUCCCAUGGGGAAGCGGCCUGUGCAAUAACAGGAGGGGGCACCAGGUUUUUAUUUAUUAUUUUUUCUUCUUAGGGAGGCCCUUUGUUGAUCAUGGAUAACCGACUGAAGAACAGAAGAAUGAGAGGAAAGAAGACCUCUGCCUUUAAGUAUUUAGUGUUAGAUUUUUUGGUCCCCUCCUCACUACAAUUAUGUGUGGGGCCAAAUCACCCCCCUCCCCCCACCCUUUAUUUUAAACAUUAGGGCCCCACAUGGCUAGCAACUUCUGCCCUGCUGCCACAUUAUUAACCUUCACACUGCCAAGGGUUUGUAACUAUUAAACCACUAACUGAUAGUGCUGCUAGUGGGCUAACCAUUCUUAAAAAAUAAUCCUGUCCCAGAGUUGAAGCAUUCAGUCCAGAUUUCAACUGUCAACAAUAUCUACAUUUUGCAGUCCCAAUGGCCCUGUACCCAGCUGGAUGGUUUUGCCCCAUUAUGUACCGACUAUUCUAACUUUAGUUAAUUUUAGACAAUUGUAGACGACAUCUGGCUGUUCUUGGAGUUUGUUUCUGCCAUUGUAAAUUGACUCCUUAUAAUUACAUAGUUACAUAGCUGAAAAUAGACUUUCGUCCAUCAAGUUCAGCCUUCCUCACAUCUGUUAUUGCUGUUGAUACAAACAAAGGCGAAAAAUCCCAGUUUGAAGCGCUUCCAAUUUUGCAACAAACUAGGAAAAAAUUCCUUCUUGACCCCAGAAUGGCAGUGAGAUCUCUCCCUGGCUCAAGAAGCUGUUAACCCACAAAUUAAAAAUGAUAUCCUUGAAUAUUAUGUUUUUGGCAGUAUUCACCCAGUUUCUGUUUAAACAUCUGUAUAGAUUCUGAUAAAACCACCUCUUUGGGCAGAGAAUUCCAUAUCCUUAUUGUUCUUACUGUAAAAAUAACUUUUCCUUUGCCUUAAAAUAAAUCUUGUUUCUUCCAGUCUAAAUGCGUGACCUUGUGUCCUAUGAAUAGUGUAGUGGGCC